AUGAUUCACGACCACAUUAGCCGCAUCAAAACUCUCAUAGCGGAUGACAACAAGUUGAUUACGAACAUUUUGCUUCGAUUUGAGGCGACAGUCGCCCCUGAUAUUCUGGAAACACGAUCUGUGCUUCCAAUCUCUGCUUACCCCCGGCUUGCAACUCUAAACGACGCGUGGGCUGAUUGUCGAACUGAGAGCGGCGCGAUUAAUUUGGCGCUAAUAAUACGGUUUAUUGACUUUAGAGAGGAUCCCGAGCAACCGGAGAAGUUGAUUGAAUUUUUUGAAAACUGGGAAGAUGGCUUCAGGAAUCAAUAUCCCGACGACCCAGCACUGUGGGCUCGGGGUGAUAUGGAACGACCGAAGAAGAACCGAGGACAGCCUUCAUACGCGAUAUUGAAUGCCUCUCAAUCACUCUUCCAAGCCCUAGUAGAGUCGAAGGAUUGUACAUGCCAGCCUGUGCAUGACUUUAAUGUUCGACUCUGUCUGGGUACAUUCCAAAAUACUCGAGAAACUGAGAAGGAGCGAGAUCACAACUGUGGAUUUGAGAUGUUUCUAUCUAUGCAACAAAAAUGGCACGAGGCAGAUGUGUGUUUCGCCAAAAGCGCCGGAAUCAAUUUUGGGCAAGCAGAAAAGCCAGCGUCAAGUCCGAAGAUCCCUGCUAUGAAGAUCAAAAAUCUAUGUGAACCUAUCAGAAGAAGAAAUCCCUUUGAUCGCCUCAAGUUGCGAGUCGGAGAAGAUGGAAGACUUUGGAAGCUGCGAUCUGAAAGGUGUUGCUUCGCAGUGGAUGAGACAAAAGCGCCGGUAUCAUUGCAGCACUUGAUUCAGGGCCAGUAUAGGUCGCUGACAGAUAAAACAAAACGUAUUCUGGCUGUGAUGCUUGGGUAUGCUGUUCUUUAUCUCCACGAGACUCCCUGGCUUGCACCCUCCUGGGGCCCUUCGAGUAUUUUGUUCUUUCACACCACUUCUUCAGCUAUUCCUCUCAAACCCUUUAUCCAAACUCAGCUAGCGAAGGAUCUUUCGUCUAGUUCUCAGGAGAAUGUCGUCCUAGACCCGGAUGACUUUGAUCCGGAUGAUCUAGACCCUGAUGAUAUUAUGAUGCACCAGUGCCCACAUCUAGUGACGCUGGGUAUUGUCUUAAUGGAGUUAUAUCUCGCAACACCAUUCGAAGACUUAGCUAAGAAGUACGAUGUGCCCCUGGACGAUCGGACGAGAUCUAUCGAUGCAGACCUGGUGUUUGAAAAGUGCAAAAAUGAGAUCCCGGAGAAUUCACAGUUUCACUACGCUGUGAAAAAAUGCCUCGACCCGAAAAUUUGGGAGGAUAACAAUGGAUGUCGGCUGGGUGAUGAUAUAUUGAAGGCGACUAUAUACCAAGAGAUUGUCAGCCCUCUGGAAGAUGAAUUGAGCCAGGCGUUUAGCUAUAUCUCACUUGAUCAUCUCGAUCGCAUUGCACAAACUCUAGAUCUUGCCAGUUGGGGGCAGGCCUUUCAGAGUUAUCAGGCCUCUUCUCAUACUGCUGAAAUUCCCGUCAAAAUACCGUUACGGCCGUCACACGGGGUCUUAUCGAUGCAAGAUCUGAAGAAUCAGCAGAAACCUUUGACUUUUUUUCAGGGGGCCUUCAUAUCUCCAGUGAUGCCCAAUUUUCAGCCCAUGUAUUCUAUGAUGUCCAUGCCCCAACCGGAGAAUUCGGUCCAGUCUCAUUACCCAAUGAUGAAAUUUUUUGAUGAUGAGACAAUCGCCGAAGAGCAUUCCGCAGAAGCGAUCCAAUAUCACAACUGGCGCCAAAGAUUCAAAAGUGUAUACCAAAAGUAUAUCUCACGGACACCAGCGAUACCGGUUAGAAUCGCCAUUUUCGAUACGGGAGUGGAUCAAACACACCCAGACGUGGAUGCAUGCGUUGAGCAGAUUAAGGGUCGAUACAAUUGGACAAAUGAGAAAUUUCCCCAGCUGGUUGACGACUACGAUGGACACGGAACUUUUACGACCAGCUUACUACUAGAAUUUUGCCCUGAUGCAGAGAUCUAUAUUGCCAAAAUCUCUGACGGAAAGCCAGUCAGCCCCAGUAUUAUCGCCAAGGCCCUCGACCACGCAGUCAAGGAAUGGAAAAUCGACAUUAUAUCUAUGUCUUUUGGUUUUCACUCACGAGAUAUCGAAGGCUACGAUGAGUUAGAGCGUGCAAUUCACAACGCAUACUCCGCUCGUGUCCUUGUCUUUGCUGCCGCUUCGAAUAGCGGCGCCAACUUGGACAGGGCCUACCCGGCCCGCGAUGAAAAUGUGAUUUGCAUUAACUCGACCGAUGCUAACGGAAACCGAUCAUCUUUUAGCCCUACUGCUCUUGCAGACGCACUGAAUUUGGCGACAGUAGGAGAAGCCGUGGAAUCUGCAUGGCCCAUGCGUCUCUGCGAUCCCCUGUCCGAUACCCAUACCAAACAUAAAUCGGGGACAUCCUAUGCCACCCCCAUCGCAGCUACCAUUGCGGGCUUUCUGCUGCAGUACACCAGGCUACAUAUUCCAGAGCAUGCGCAUCAAUUGAACACACAGUCGAAAAUGAAGGCCGUUCUGCGAAAAAUCGCGGAGAAGAGCCUUGACUCGCGAACUCGCGAUGACUACCAUUUUAUCGCUUUGAGUCUAUUUCCUGAUAAUCUAUUUGGAAAGGACCCGGAAUUCAUAAACUAUACACUGCGCGAUAUACUCAACCGAUAG